GGCGGCCGGGACGCGCACGGGAGCGGUACCGGGGCUGGGGGCGCCACCGGGGCUCGGAGCGCUUGGCAGGGGGAUGCCAGCUUGAUCCAGAGCCAUGUCCAGGUACCUGAAGCACUUCACUGUGGUGGGAGACGACCCCGUGCAGUGGAGCAAUGACUAUCAGAAAUGGGAGGAGGAGGAGGAGGCUGGGGAGAAGCAGCCAGACUCAGAGAUCAAGUUGGAGCCCACCAGGAGCCACGUCAGCUUCCAGGACAUGAUGAAAAAACUCUUCAGCUCCCACAGGUUUCAGAUCCUUGUUGUCUGCUUGGUCAUCCUGGAUGCUUUGUUGGUCCUUGGAGAACUGCUGAUGGACCUGAAAAUCAUCCAUCCAGACAAAUACCACAUAACCCCAAAGGUUUUCCACUACCUCUCCCUUUCCAUUUUAACCAUCUUCCUGGUCGAGGUUGGCUUUAAAAUCUUCGUGUACCGCCGGGAGUUCUUCCAGCACAAGUUUGAGGUGCUGGACGGGGUCGUUGUGCUCGUGUCCUUCAUCCUGGACGUCGUCCUCAUCUUCCGCGAGCGCGAGUUCGAGGCCGUGGGGCUGCUGAUCCUGCUGCGCCUGUGGCGCGUGGCGCGGAUCCUCAACGGAAUCAUUUUAUCAGUCAAGACCCGCUCGGAACAACAAGUGGCCAAGCUAAAGCAAGCAAACCUGAAACUGGCAACAAAGGCUGAACAACUGGAACACAGCUGCAUAGAGAAGGAGCUAGAAAUUGAGAGGCUUAACAAGAUACUAAAGCAACACGGACUCAUCAGCGAGCAGAAAUAGGAGCCCAGCUCUUCCAGGUGGAAAGUCUACCCUGGAGAAUGCAGUGCUGAAGUCUUACCAGUUUGUCCUGACAGGUUUUCCUGGCUCUUUGCUUUCCCUUGUAUAGUGUUGUCUGUAAACACCUUUUUCCAUUUGACCACACUUUGAUUAGAUCUUGGGAUCAGCUGGGAAACGGAUUCCGUGUGCUCCCUGGAAACUGAUUUCAUCAGGCCUUGCUUGUACAGCUGUACAGUCCAAACUGCAUGAUAAUUUAAUAAAGACACAUCUCUACAAGCUGGACAUGCAUG